AUGGGUCAGAGAGAGGCUGUAUCUGACUUCCUUGUUGCCCUUACAAGCCAAAUGCAACCUAGCAUGUUGCUGAAAUUGCUGAGGAAAUUGACUGUGGACGUAUCAAAGCUGUCAGAAUAUACUACGGUUGCUUUGCCGGUUGCUGAUGCUCCACUACGACAGGUGCGCCAAGUACUACGGUUCUACAGGUGGACAAGGUCUCUAUGGUGCCUCUAGUGAUGAGGAGAAGAGGACUGACCAUGAU